AUGGAAAUCUCAAAGGAAACGGUAUUUGAUGAGUAUGAGAACUAUUCCUAUACCUUGGACUAUUACUCCCCGGAGUCUGACUUGGAGGAGGACAUGCACCUGGGAAUUCUUCACUGGAUAUCCCUGAUGUUAUAUGUCCUAGCAUUUGUCCUGGGAAUUCCAGGAAACGCCAUUGUCAUUUGGUUCAUGGGCUUCAAGUGGAAGAAGACAGUCUCUACUCUUUGGUUCCUCAAUCUGGCCAUUGCAGAUUUCAUUUUUGUUCUCUUCCUGCCCCUGUAUGUCUCCUAUGUGGCGUUGAGUUUCCACUGGCCCUUUGGCCUGUGGCUGUGCAAGGCUAAUUCUUUCAUUGCCCUGCUGAACAUGUUUUCUAGUGUUUUCUUCCUGACAGUGAUCAGCCUAGACCACUAUUUCCGUUUGAUCCAUCCUGUCUUGUCUCAUCGGCACCGAACCCUAAAGAACUCACUGGUCGUUGCUGUAUUUGUGUGGCUUUUGGCUUCUCUGCUUGGAGGUCCUAACCUGUACUUCCGGGACACUCUGGAGGUCAAUAACCACAUUAUUUGUUAUAACAAUUUCCAGGACCCCGACCUCACCUUGAUGAGACAUCACGUUCUAACCUGGGUGAAGUUCCUUUUUGGCUACCUCUUCCCUUUGCUGACAAUGAGCUUCUGCUACUUGUGUCUCAUCUUCAAGGUGAAGAAGCGAAACAUUCCAAUGUCUAGUAAGCAGUUUUGGACAAUCCUCUGUGUGGUCAUUGCCUUCAUGGUCUGCUGGACUCCUUAUCACCUGUUUAGCAUUUGGGAACUCACCAUGUACCACAACAGCUCUUUCCAGCACGUGCUGCAGGGUGGACUCCCUCUCUCUACCGGCUUGGCAUUCCUCAAUAGCUGCUUGAACCCCAUCCUUUACGUUCUAAUUAGCAAGAAGUUCCAAACUCACUUCCGGGCCUCUACUGCUGAGAUACUAAAGCAUUCACUGUGGGAAGUCAGCUGCCAUGGCACAGCCAGUGAACAGAUCAGGAGCGCUGAAACCAAGAGCCUGUCUUCCCUAGAAACAGCCCAAUUGAGUACCCUGUUCCCAGAAAUCAGUGUGGAGUCGCCCUGUGAGCCUAAUAACAAAUCCUUUUAG